UAACCCCCUCCCUCGAUGACCCCGCAGACUUUCCUCUACCUGGUCUGGUACAUGCUGAUGUCUAUGCUGGGACACUACAACAACUUCUUCUACGCCUGCCACCUUCUGGACAUCGCCAUGGGGGUCAAAACGCUCCGCACCAUCCUGUCCUCGGUCACCCACAACGGCAAACAGCUGGUGAUGACGGUGGGCCUGCUGGCUGUGGUGGUGUACCUCUACACCGUGGUGGCCUUCAACUUCUUCCGGAAGUUCUACAACAAGAGCGAGGACGAGGACGAGCCAGACAUGAAGUGCGACGACAUGAUGACGUGCUACCUCUUCCACAUGUACGUCGGCGUCCGCGCCGGUGGCGGCAUCGGAGACGAGAUCGAGGACCCGGCCGGAGACGAGUACGAGCUGUACCGCGUGGUCUUUGACAUCACCUUCUUCUUCUUCGUCAUCGUCAUCCUGCUGGCCAUCAUCCAGGGUGAGCCCCCCCAAACACAAGCUCAGUCACACAGGAGGACAAAAUCCAAAACACACCUUAGGUCGCACGCCGAACAGGAUGAACGUUUAUUGAACACUCUAAAACUACAUUUUUAAACUUUAAAAACCUAACUUUUUAACAUAAUU